AUGACGGAUCAAAUCCACUCAGAGCCUAGUCAGGAGACAAAAGACGUACCAGGCGUCACUGGAUCUCUUGCUAGCCUUAACACUCACCUUGCCCAUCAUUUAGAUAAGUUAAAGUCCCUUGGUCCUUCUUUAACAGAGGCUCUUCACCAUGAUCACCUUCUUCCCGAUCGAGAAGACUUGAGGCUGGCCGCUCGAGCCAUUGACCUCCUACAUGAACUACGAAUGCUUCUCGAACCCCCAGUACUCAUCCUGGCAGACCACUUCUUGGGUUAUGUCAGGUCCAAAUGUCUUGCGACGGUGGUGGAGAGAGGCAUCGCAGACGAGUUGGAGAAAGGCCCGAGGACACUUAACCAGCUUGCAAGAGCAACACACGCACGCGAAGAUAGGCUUGUUCAAGUUAUGCGCAUGCUUUAUAGCGAAGGCAUAUUUGCCUUCGAUAGCUCUACCGGCUGCUACUCGAACAAUGCUGCUUCUUCACUUGUGAGAUCACAUCACUGGACUCAAUGGCAUAAUUGGGCGACCCUGUACGGAAAUCAAUUCUACGAUAUCGCCCGGGGCAUUCCGAGUUCUGUUAAGGAAGAUGCAAUCAGGACAGCAGCCCAAAUUCAUUUUGACACCGAUAAGGACAUGUUUCACUUCUUCCGCGAGCAGGGCUGGUUACCGGAGUUGCAUCGCACCCUUAGCGGAGGUGCCUCAGCUCAGAUGCCCGGAAUCCUUGAAGACUAUCCAUGGUAUGAGGUUGCCGAGACUCUCGUCAUGGACGUUGGGGGUGGUGGCGGGGGGUUCAUGGCCGGCUUGUUGCGUAAAUAUCCAACAAUGCAGGGCGGAAUUUUCGAUCUCGCUCCAGUCAUUAAUCACGUUCGCCCCUUUUUCCAUCAAGGCGGUCAAUAUUCGGAUAUCGGAGACCGUGUCAGCGGAAACCUUGUUACGGGAGACUUUUUCAAGUCUGUUCCAAUAUGUUCGAUAUACACUAUGAAGUGGUGCCUCCACGAUUGGGAUGACAACCAAGCCACGGCGAUUCUCAGAAAUAUCCGAGAAAGCAUCGUACUAGAGCCCGGUAGCAGAUUGAUUAUCCUAGAAUCGGUUGUAUCCUCUGAACAUUCCAAUCGAUUGAGCUUAUAUGGGGAUAUAAAUAUGAUGAUGACUGCCGGUGGUCGAGAGAGAACGAUAGAGCAGUGGGAGAACCUGGCUCGGGUCUCCGGAUGGAGACUAGAUAAAGUCUGGGAUCUAAGGAGGGCUUGGGUAAAGGCCAUCGAUUUCAGGCCCGCUUUCAAAGAUGGUAAAGUCGAAUAUUAA